UUAUGUUACAAGAUACUUGACAGGUUGGACCGUCUCAGCCACCCACCACUGCUGCCUCGGUGCCAUGCAGCUGCCACCCUUUGACAUGUGGAAGGACUACUUCAACCUGAGCCAAGUAGUGUUGGAGCUGAUCCAGAAACGGGGGCAAAGCCCGGAGCCCCAAGAGAUUGACAAGCCAAGAGCCGGGACCCAGUUGGGGAAGGAUCAGCAGCUGAGGGAGGCAGGGGCCAGCGGGGGCCUAGCCACUCUGUGCAACUUCUGCAAGCACAACGGAGAGUCCCGCAACGUCUAUUCCUCACACCAACUGAAGACACCAGAGGGCGUGGUAGUAUGUCCCAUCCUGAGGCACUAUGUGUGUCCUGUGUGCGGGGCCACUGGUGGCCAGGCCCACACACUCAAGUACUGCCCGCUCAAUGGUGGCCAGCAGUCUCUCUACCGCCGCAGUGGGCGCAACUCAGCUGGACGCAAGGUUAAGCGCUGAGAACUGUGAGAAACUGUCCACCACCCACACCCCUAACCCUACUGGUUCUGUUCCUACCAAGUCCCUAA